AUGGAGGAUCACCCAAUGUACCCCUACAACCUAAGGAUGGGACAACAUGAGGACAUACCUCCCUAUGUAGAAAGAGUAAAGGAAUGUUGUGAAGAAUGGGGAGAUCUCCUAGGAGGCCUGAACAACUAUGACACACACUCUAGAAUAAUAGACGUCCUACUCAAAACCAUCCCACGCCAUGAGCCUUGGAUCCCGAUUAUUGAAAUGUAUAACGAUGUUCUCACAGAAGAAGGGGAGACCCACCCAACUAAAUACAGAUAUGAGGGUCAAUGGUUCCUUACCAUUGAGUAUGUCUCAACGAGGUUGAUGGAAGCUUUGUCAAAGUGGGAACCUGAAGAUGAGAUGGGGGAAGUAAUCGAUGCGGAACCACCCACGUUAGAGAAUGAAGAAAGGGGAGGUGAGAGGGAUGAGGUGGAAGAUGAUAUGCGAGUGGAUCUCCCAAUAGAAGAAGACCCAAUAGAAGAAGACCCGGAAGAGGAAGACCCCGAGGAAGAAGACCCCGAAGAGGAAGACCCCGAGGAAGAAGAUCCCGAAGAAGAGUUUGAUGAAAAACCACCUUACUUCCAAGGUGAAGAGGACCCUAGUAUUCUAGAAAACUGGAUCCGUGAAUUUGACAAACUGUUUGAGGCUAUAGGGUGCCCUGAGGAAGAGAGAAUCCCUUUUGCAACCUAUUAUCUUAAGGGAGAAGCUGAUAUUUGGUGGUCUACCUCCAUAGCUGACCUAGCUGCUGAACUUGGAUUUAACUGGGAGGCCUUUAAGGAUGCUAUGAGGGAUAGGUUUUACCCUGAACAUGUGAAAAUGCAAAAAUUCAAUGAGUUUGCUAACCUUAGGCAGAGAAACAUGUCUGUCCAGGAGUAUCAUUCCAAGUUCCUAGAGCUAGCUAGGUUCGCACCUACCAUGGUCCAUGAUGGGAGAGCUAAGGCCAACAAAUUCAUUCGAGGUUUGAACUUUGACACCCAGAAGGUUGUGAUUGUUUUGAGAUGCCGAAACUUACAAGAAGCUUAUGUUAGCGCAGCGAGUCACUACAGAGUUGAGAAGCUAGAGGAGGAAAUCAAGUCUAGGGGUAAGAGAAAGGAGGGAGAUUCGAGGAACAAUAAUCAGAAUGGGGGAAAUUCUGGAGGCUAUGGGGAUAAGAGGCCUAGGUAUAACAAUGGCGAUCAGGGUUCGGGUAGAGGAUACCAUGGAAAUAACAACAAUUAUCUAGGAAACAAUGGAGGGAAACCCCAAAACCAAGGGCAGAACCAGAAGUAUGGGAAUGGGAACGGAAAAAGAAAUGAGAGGCACUACUAUUGCAAGCAGUGUAGUAAGGACCACCCAGGAGUUGAUUGUAAGGGAAAUGCUGUGCAGUGCUUUGAUUGCAAGAAGAUGGGACAUCGUGAGUUUGAGUGCUAUGCUAAGCAAAAUGGGGGUCAGCAACAACAAGGGAGGCAGAACAAUUUCAGGAAUAACAACAACCAAGGGAACCCUUCAGGGAGCCAAUCUGCUCAAAAUGGCCCUAACAAGACCUUGUCUACCCCGAAUAGCAGCAAUGGGAAUGUGAAUGGUGGCAACAAGGGGAGGAUUUUUGUGAUUAACCAAACUCAGGCUAAUGGAGAGGCUAAUGUGGUGACUGGUACUUUUCUUAUAAACUCUAUUCCUGCAUAUGUACUUUUUGAUUCUGGAGCUUCACAUUCAUUCAUAUCAUCUUCCCUAGUUAAGAAGUUAGGUCUAGAACCUUCUUCUCAUAUUCCUGCUCAAAUUUCUAUUCCAACUGGGGAGGUAGUGUCAUGUAGAAAACUGUAUAAGGAUGUUUCAAUAAAUAUUAGCGGGACUAUACUACCAGGAGACCUUAUAGAGUUCAAUCUUGAUGAUUUAGAUGUCAUAUUGGGAAUGGAUUGGUUCGGAAAAUAUAGAGCCCGAAUAGAGUGUCAUGAUCAAAAGGUUGUUCUGAAAGGUCCAAAUGGGAAUAGAAUAUCCUACCAGGGCAUUGUAACCAAACCUGGGGUGAAGAUCAUAUCAGCCUUAGCUAUGCAUAAGUACCUUAGAAAAGGACAAGAAGCCUACCUGUAUAUGCCCCCGGAUAGAGAGGUUGAGUUCACCAUAGAGUUGAUUCCAGGAACUGCACCAAUUUCUAAAGCACCUUAUCGUAUGGCCCCUGCUGAGAUGAAGGAAUUGAAAGGUCAGAUAGAAGAUUUGUUGAAUAAGGGAUAUAUUAGGCCAAGCGUGUCACCAUGGGGAGCCCCUGUGCUCUUCGUGAAGAAGAAGGAUGGAAGCUUGAGGUUAUGUAUAGAUUAUAGGGAGCUAAAUCAAGUCACGAUAAAAAACAAGUAUCCAUUGCCUCGUAUAGAUGGCCUUUUUGACCAGUUGAAGGGUGUUGGAACCUUCUCUAAGAUUGACUUGAGAUCUGGGUACCAUCAGUUGAAAAUUGCGGAAAAGACGUAG